GCGUCACAUCGGCCCCACUAAAAAGUCGACCAUCCAAAAUUUACGGGUGACGGGCAGGCAUUGAUCGCUACAACCUACAACCCCGUCCGUCUUUGCAUCUUCAGUUUGGCGACUUUGUGCUGCAAUUGACAGCAACACAACCUUCGCCCAUCAUGCCUAGACGCGCGGCGUCCCCCACACCGUCCGAGAACGAGGUCGACAUUGCCGGUGCUUUGUUCAACGACGACAGCGACUUCGAAGACAACAGCAGCAAGCACCACACCAAGAAGGGAGCCGUUACGAACAGCGGUCUCGAGCUCGACUUCAACGAUCUUCUCGGUAACGGCGAUGAUGGACUACCUAGCUUUAACGGCGAGGGCGAUGAUGACGAGGCCUUUAUCGCUUCGCUCACACGGAGCUCGCAAAGAAAGUCCUCCAAUAUUCAGGGCAAAUCAGUCAAAAAGGGUGGAGGCUUCCAGGCAAUGGGUCUAAACGCCCAUCUCCUCCGAGCGAUUACCAGAAAAGGCUUCUCCGUCCCGACACCCAUUCAGCGCAAAGCGAUUCCCCUGGUCUUGGAGAGAAAGGAUGUGGUGGGCAUGGCCAGAACCGGUUCCGGAAAGACUGCAGCAUUCGUCAUCCCCAUGAUUGAGAGGCUGAAGGGGCACAGUCCGCGUGUUGGCGCGAGGGCGCUCAUCAUGUCCCCCUCGCGUGAACUUGCGUUGCAGACCCUCAAGGUCGUCAAGGAACUCGGCAGAGGUACCGAUCUGAAGACCGUAUUGCUCGUCGGUGGUGACAGCCUGGAAGAGCAGUUCGGUAUGAUGGCGUCCAACCCCGAUAUUAUCAUCGCCACACCCGGUCGUUUCCUUCAUCUCAAGGUUGAAAUGAAUCUGUCCUUGGCCUCCAUCAAAUACGUCGUCUUCGAUGAAGCCGAUCGCCUCUUCGAAAUGGGUUUCGCUACCGAGCUGUCCGAAAUUCUCCACGCCCUCCCUCCUUCCAGACAGACGCUUCUUUUCUCCGCGACACUCCCAUCGUCCUUGGUCGAAUUCGCCAGAGCCGGUCUCCAAGAGCCAAGCCUCGUCAGAUUGGAUGCCGAAACCAAGGUGUCACCCGAUCUCGAGAGUGCUUUCUUCGCAGUAAAGGGCGGCGAGAAGGAGGGUGCCCUUCUUCAUAUUCUCCACGACGUCAUCAAGAUUCCCCUGGGUCCGCCCGAGGGCACAAAGGAAGAGAGUGACGAAUUGCAGUCGAGGAAAAGGAAACGCGAGUAUAGACCCAAUCCCAAGGAGAAGCCGACGGAAUACUCGACCAUUGUCUUCACAGCAACGAAACAUCACGUCGAGUACAUUGUGAACCUCUUGAAGCUUGCAGGCUUUGCCGUGUCCUACGUUUACGGCUCACUCGACCAGACGGCCCGUUUGAUCCAAGUCGACAAUUUCCGUAGGGGAAGAACACACAUCCUCGUGGUCACCGAUGUCGCCGCCCGUGGUAUCGAUAUGCCUGCUCUCGCCAACGUCAUCAACUACGAUUUCCCAUCUCAGCCCAAGAUCUUUGUCCAUCGUGUUGGUCGUACAGCUCGUGCGGGUCAGCGUGGUUGGGCUUAUGGUUUGGUCCGUCAGUCAGACCUUCCAUAUCUACUUGAUCUACAGCUCUUCCUGGGAAGGAAACUUAUCAUCGGCCACGACCAAAAGAACCCUUCCUUUGCGGCAGAUGUCGUAGUCGGAACACUAAAGAGAGAUGGAGUGGAUGUUAGCAUUGAGUGGGUUGAGAAGACGCUCAAGGAGAGUGCUGAUCUCAAUGCGCUGAAGGGUGUUGCCGCAAAGGCCGAGAAGCUCUACAUGAAGACGAGGAAUUCUGCCUCGAGCCAGAGCGCAAAGAGAGCCCGCGAGGUUGCGCAGUCCAGGGGCUGGACACAGCUCCAUCCUUUGUUUGGAGAGGAAGCCGCUGAAGCCCAGGCAGCUCGUGAUGAUCUUCUCAGCAGGAUAAACCGCUUCAAGCCUCAGGAAACCAUUUUCGAACUUGGCCCUAAGGGCAAGUCUAGCCGUAACAAGGCCGCGGAAGUUGUACGAAAUAUGCGUUCCAGAUUCAAGGAGCGCAAGACUACUAACGACGAGGAUGAUGAGGACGUGGACAUGGAAGAUGCCGAGGGUAAGCCUGAUGGCGAGGAGACCAACGCGUUCGAAGACUUUGAGGAUGAGGAAGAGGCGGAAGAGGCGGAAGACAAAGAGGAGGACAAGGAAGACCCAUAUGCCGACGACUCGGAUUCCGAGAUGGAGGUCACAGUAUCCAGCAGCAUGCAUACGAAGAAGAAGGGUGGCCCGGUCAACUUCCAAGAUCCCGAGAUCUUCAUGUCCUACACGCCCCGCACCACCAGCCUCGCGGAGGAGAAGGCUUACGGUGUUCACUCGGGCGGCUACAGCGGCAACAGCUUCGUCGAGGCCGCUCGCGACGUUACCAUGGACCUGACCAACGACGAAAGUGCCAAGAACUUCGGUGUGCCCACGAAAUCCAAGAUGCGUUGGGACAAGCGCCACAGCAAGUACGUGGCGGUCGCCAACGACGAGGACGGCUCCAAGGGCGCCAAGAUGAUUCGCGGCGAGUCCGGUGUCAAGAUUGCCGCCUCGUUCAAGAGCGGCCGCUUCGACCGCUGGCGCAAGGACAACCGUCUCGGCAAGUUGCCGACGAUCGGCGAGACGGAGAAGUCGCAGCUCAUCCGCAACUUUGGCGGCCAACCUGGCCAGCCGCGGUACAAGCACAAGAUGGAGAAGGCGCCCAAGGAUGCGGAUAAGUUCAGAGAUGAUUACCACGUCCGCAAGAAGCGCGUUGCCGAGGCCAAGGAGAAGAGAAUCGGCAAGUACAAGGAUGGUGAGGGUAGCAAGAGGGAGCUCAAGACUGCUACGGAUAUCCGCAAGGCGAGGGCGGUCGCGGAGAAGAAGCGGGAGAAGAACGCUAGGCCGGCUAAGAGGCAGAAGAGGUGAAGCGGUUGUUAAAUUAAUACCAAGGGACGGUUUGUUUCAGCAGCAGCAAGUAGCACUAGCUAGCACAAUUGGUUAUCAGUUUCAGGCUCUAUCUUCAUGACGAUCUGAAUAUUCGAACGUCAGGGAUUCGUUGCAUACUUUACCCUAACCCUGAGCGUCCAACAAUUCAUCGGGCCUAUCGAUGCGUCUCACACC